AUGAGCAAGGCAUCUCUCCUCACUCUGCCUGGCGAGCUGCGCAACAUCAUCAUCCGCGACGUUGUCACCUCGUCAUCCACCAUCAAUGUCGAGCCACUAUGCGAAAACUGGACCCAAAUCAAACUCCAUCAACCUGCCAUCGCCUUCGUCUGCAAGACCCUUCGCAAUGAAGCACUAUCCAUCUUCUAUGCCGAGAACCGCUUCUUCCUCGGCAAGAUCGGCUACCACGACCACAAUGACAUCCGCCUGUACGACUUCAACCUCCGAAUGAACCGAUGGAAGGACAUGCUGGGGCUUUACGCCAAGUACCUCAGCCGAUUGAGUAUGAUCAUCGACGGUCUGUGCUAUGCAUGGGACGAUGGGGUCAUGCCGGGAGAUGCCAUGUACGAGAUGGAGGCAGAGUCAGAAGGGAAACUGCACUUCAAGAUGAACGGCAGACUGCGGUGUACCUGCCGAUUGAAGGAAGGUGUCGUCGAGAACGCAUGUCGCGAUGGAAGAGUGCUUCUCGAUGUAAUGCAGGAGUACUCUGCCAGUUACUGCGAAGCCGUUCGCGAAGGGUGUUGCAACAAAUGCGGCCUGUCUCGAUUGGAGAAAUUUGGCAGGACCGAAGUCACACAUCAACGGAACUGGGAGGAUAUCGUGACGUGCUGA